AUGUCUACCACCGCGGUGGUCGAAACCCGGACCAAGGAGGCCUUUGAAGCCCCCGUGCCGGUGCCUGCGCCAGACCCGGCCGGACCAGUCCUCAGCCGCCCAGCGGACCCUAUGGUCCUCCUCGAGGAGGAGCCGCCCGAGCAAAGCCUGGACAAGACUGCGGCGCUCCGCCUAGCCAGCGUGUGCUUCGCCUUCUUCGUCGCCGGCGUCAACGACGGCAGCAUCGGCGCGCUCAUCCCGUACAACAUCAAAGACUACAACAUCACCACAAACAUCGUCUCGAGCGUCUACGGCGCCAGCUUCGCCGGCUGGCUCGUCGCCGCCCUGACCCAGACGCACCUGCGCCAGCGCGCCGACGUGGGCGUCGUCUUCGCCCUCGGCGCCUCGGCGCAGGUCGCCAGCCAGGCCCUGCGCGUCUGGAAGCCGCCCUUCCCGCUCUUCGCCGCGAGCUUCUUCUUCGCCAGCGUCGGGCAGGCCUACCAGGACACCCAGGGCAACACCUUUGUCGGCACCCUGCGCGCCUCGCACCGCUGGUUCGGCCUCAUCCACGGCAUGUACGCCGGCGGCUGCCUCGUGGGCCCCUUUGUCGCCACGGCCAUCGCGUCCAGGGCCCGCUGGGAGCUGUUCUACGCCGUGCCCCUGGGGAUGGCGGUUGUGAACUUGGGGCUGGCGCUCGUGGCGUUCUGGGAGCAGACGAGGCUCCUGCCGAGGAGGCCCGGGUCCGGAACGAGCGGCACAGCCCAGCAGGAGGAGCCGGAGGCGGGAGGAGAGUCGGCGUCCAAGCUGAUCGGCCUGACGUUCCGCUCCCGGAGCGUCUGGAUCCUGAGCCUCUUCUACUUCUUCUACCUGGGCGCCGUCAUCACGGCCUCGGGCUGGGUGGUCGAGUACCUCGUCACCGUGCGGCACGGGGACCUCUCCAAGAUGGGAUACGUCCCGGCCGGUUUCAACGGGGGUUCCCUCCUCGGGAGGCUCCUGCUGGUCGAGCCGAUCCACCGCUGGGGCACGAGGCGCGUCGUGCUGCUGUUCUGCGUCCUGGCGAUCGGGCUGCAGCUGCUCUUCUGGCUCGUGCCCAACAUCAUCGCCGCCUCGGUCGCCAUCAGCCUGUUUGGCUUCUUCACGGGCCCCUUCUUCCCCGUCGGCAUGUCCGUGGCCCAGAAGCUGUUCUCGCCCAACUUUCGGCCGACCGCCAUGGGCUUCCUCUUCGUCAUUGCCCAGCUCGGCGGUUCUCUUUUCCCCAUCAUCACCGGAGUCAUCGCUGGGUCCUCGAGUGUUUCUGUUAUGCAGCCGAUCCUGGUGGGACUCAUGGUGGCGACCACGGUGUCCUGGCUGCUCGUGCCCAAGGCCAAGGCGAGUGGGAACGACGCUUUGCAUCAAGAGUGA